UUGAAAGAGAGCAGAGAUCAACAGCCGCUCAGCCCACGAGGGAGCUGGUCAGUGCGUGGUGUCACAGCUGGGUCUCGCUGCGCCGCGCCUUGCGCGCUGGCACCAUCCGAGUGGCCGGGGCCAGCGGUGCGCGGAGCCCGGCUUCGGAAUCGUGCUGCUGCCCGCGCUGGGGGGAAUGUCCAGGCAGCUCAUGCGCAACCCUGCGCGCCUCCUCUUCAGCUGGGCCCUGGGCAGGAACCAGAUGGCAACAGCAGCAGGUGCCUCUGCUAGGGAGACCUCCUCCUCUUCCUCGGCUGCAGCAGGAGCAGGGACAGCGGGACACGAAGGGAAGAAGAAUGUAGUCACUGAAAGACAUGGAACCAUCAUGACAAUUGGGAUUAACAGGCCAGAAGCCAGGAAUGCUGUGAAUCAGGAGACUGCAGCAAUGCUUCUGCAGGCAUUCACCUCAUUUGAAGAUGAUACCUCACUAACUGUCUCUGUACUUCAUGGAAUAGGAGGUAAUUUCUGCGCUGGUUAUGAUUUGAAAGAGCUGGCCCACAACCCAACCUCAAUAAAAUUGGAACAAGAUGUCACCAAAGGUCCUGGUCCCAUGGGUCCUUCCCGAAUAAAGUUUUCCAAACCGGUGAUUGCUGCAGUAAGUGGAUAUGCAGUGGCCGGGGGUCUUGAGCUCUCUCUUUUGGCUGACCUGCGUGUUGUGGAGCAGAGUGCCAUUUUUGGAGUGUUCUGCAGACGCUUUGGUGUUCCAUUGAUUGAUGGUGGCACUGUACGGCUACCUCGACUGAUUGGUCUCUCACGAGCCUUAGAUCUCAUUCUAACUGGUCGUCCUGUUGGUGCCCAAGAAGCAUAUGAGUUUGGGCUAGCCAAUCGAAUAGUCCCCAAUGGCCAAGGUACUCCAUCUCUCCGAAGCCUAGAGACAAAGAUCGUGUGAAGAACUAAAAUUACUUGAGGCAAGAAUCUACUUUAGAAAGAUUUCCUUUACAAGUUAAAUGUUAUGUUUCCACUCAAAAGAAAGGUGCUGCUGUGCAGUCAUAAAAAGCUAGCCACAAACCCUGGUAACCUUUGCAGUCAACUGUGGUGGUUUUGAUCCAUGCUAACAUGGAUCACAGCUCUGGCCCAAGAGAAGCAAUGCUUUCCGACUCUGUUAAGCUAGAAUCCAAAGGACUCAAACAGCAGCUCACUCAGGGCCCAAAUCUGCAAGCGCUUAUUCACAUGAGUAGUCUUUCCUUGGGCAACUGAUCCCACUGAUUUAAAUGAGAGUAGCGGUGAGUGAUCAAGGGUUUUCAGGAUCUUGCCUUUAUUCCCGCCACUCCCUUAAUUCAUUAUUCUCAAAUAUUUCUCAUACUGUAGUAUCGUUUUAUACUUGUCUCGCCAGUAAAGAUGAGCUUAGUUGCAUUGCGUAAAUAUUAUGUAAUGUUCAGAUGUUACUGUCUAAGGGUUUGAUCCUGCAAAUGCUUACUACUAAGUAUAAUGCUUAUUGAAAUCAGGUGGGCCACUCAUGGAAAUAAGCACUAUACCUAAUAGUAAGUAUAUCCAGGAUCAGGCCUUAAGGGCUCACCAGAUUUUGAGUUCACUCAGCAUCUUGCAGGGCU